AUGACUUUAACAAUUCGAAGUCUGCUCGAGAAAUUGAUCGAAGAACGAAAAAAAUCGAAAUCAGAUGAUGAUGAAGAUUUUGUAGUUGUUCAAGCAGUUAAUAAUGAAUGGCCAACGAUAUUCGAGCAAUAUUUUUUAUCACCAACAGACCGUCUUCCUCAAACAUCAACUAGUACAACGAGUGAUGAUGAUCUAAUUUUUUAUGUCACGCGUAAAAUCGUAAAUGAUUCACAACGUUCAAAAAAUUCUGUAGAAGUUUUUCGCCAUCAUGAUGUCAAACGCCAACCGAAAUUAAGUUCACCUGAUUAUGAUUGGGAAGAAACAACAAAUCUAAAUCUUGUUCUUCAUCAAUUCGAAUAUACAGUAACAACAGCUAUCUGUAUUAAAACAAGUAGUAGACAUCUACAGAUUAUUAAACGUUUAUCAACAAGAGUUUAUGCAAGUCCAUCACAUCGUGACAUGGAAAAUAAAGGCACAGAAGAGGCAAUCACUUAUCCAAAAAUUUAUUUUAGUGUCGAUAAUUUUGAAGAUACUUUUUGUGAAAUGGUUGUAAAUGAAGAUCAAAUGGUAUGUGUUGAACUAGUCGCAACAAAUCCAGUUCUGAAUGAGAAAAAAGUCUUAUUUCUUGGUUCAAUUAAAUAUGAAGCUUUAAAAAAAGUUUAUGAAACUCGAGCUACAACAAGUACUCGUGUUGCUCAACGAAUGACUUUAGGAAUGUAUACAAAGCACAGAGUUGAAUUUGUACGAAUGCGUGGACCGAAUGGUAAAGGUCAUGCAGAAAUGGCUGUCAGUAGAUAUCGACCGACUCAGUCUGAUACGACAACACCUGAAUCAAUUCCAACAACACCGGUGAAAGCUACUUUUGAAGAAGAAAACUGGAAUAAACAUACUGAUGGUAAAGAUAAUCAAUGGGUCCCAUCUGUAUCACAAUCGAAACAGAAUGCAUCGAAUGGAAUAACAUCAGAAGUUGAAUCAGAUGAUAUUCGACAAGUUUUAGAUUUAUCCGAUGAAACAGGUGGUUUCCUUGGUCGUGGAUUAAAUAAAGCAAUGAAUUGGGUACGUGGUUCAAAUACUCGUCUCGAUCAAUCUAUGCCAACAAUACCAUUACAAACUUGUCUUACAUAUUUAACAUUACCGUGUCAUUUAAUUGUAAAAGAUAUCCUUGAAUCUAAUUCAGUACCAUUACUAACACCGCAAUAA